AUGAAUGUCUACGGUCCAACUCAGAGCCAAGACUUCAUGCAAGAGUGCCAAGAGCGACUGUCAAGCUUAUCGCGAGACGAUCUAGAAGCCUUACUAAGCGAUCCCGAGUACUUUGAUGCUUUCUUUGGCACGCUGCCUUCGACCAUAGCACUCUACGACGAGCAUGACGCGCUCCUGCGGGCCAAUGAGGAGUUGACAGCGCGGAAUCUCGAUUAUCGGCCGAAGCUUGAUACCCUGCGCUCAGAGACCGCCCUUGCCUUCCAAUCCGCCCUCGAUAGCAAGGUGAUAUGGGCUACCGUAGAGAAAGACCAGGCAGAGGCAUACAAAGGUUGCACGCCGCCUGCGCUGCUCAACAGGUUACGCGCAGCACUGAGCGAACAAGAACAUCUAACAGAGCAGCUCGCCGCGCGCUUUCAAGAUGGUCAGCUGGACGAAGCAUCGUUCGCGAUGCAGUACAAGGAGGCGAGGCGAAUUUGGCACAAACGAGCGCUCUGCGCGUUCUACUGGAAGCAUCGCGCGGGUCGCACUUCUUAG